CCGAUUAGUUUGCAUCGCGUUUGCAUUUGUAAAAUGUUGGUUGCUGACUCUGUUUUGGAAUUUUAAUUUGUUGUUCCAUGCUGUAAUUUGUACAAACUGGGACGUGUUUUUUUCCGAGGAUGGGAGACAAAGGAUUCUCAGCGCUGCGGCCGAUUUUCUGCUUUGCUUCCUUUAUUGUAGCGCUGCACUUCGUUAACGGAGACCUGAGUUAUUCUAUUCCAGAAGAGAUGAAACGCCAGUCUGUUAUUGGGAAUAUAGCCAAAGAUCUCGGUCUUGAUCUGAGGACCUUAUCUUCCCGAAAGGCCCGUGUUGAUUCUGAGGGGACUCGUAAACGGUACUGUGAUAUUAAUCUGAGUACUGGAGAUUUGGUCACAUCGGAGAGAAUGGACAGAGAAAGCCUUUGUGGCAAGAAACCCUCGUGCGUUGUGAAAGCAGAUCUGGUGUUAGAAAACCCCCUGGAGCUUCAUCGUGUUAGUCUUCAUAUUCAAGAUGUAAAUGACAACUCGCCAACGUUCAAAAAACAAUUGAUUGAAAUGGAAAUAGGCGAGUCAGCCGACAAGGGUAACCGGUUUUCAAUCGAGAAAGCCCAUGACGCAGAUGUAGGUCAAAAUGCUGUUCAGAGGUACAGUUUGCAAAAUAACGACAACUUCAUUCUCGCUGUUGACAGUAAUAAGGUUGAACUUGUGCUUGAGAAUACACUUGAUAGAGAAAAGCUAAAUGAAAUUAAUUUGCUCCUCACAGCUUUAGAUGGAGGCUCUCCUCAGAGAUCAGGUACUGUAGUCAUACACGUCACUGUGCUGGAUGCUAAUGAUAACGCCCCAGUGUUUAGCCAGGCCGUCUAUAAAGCCAGUCUGCCUGAAAACACUCCUCCAGAUACCAUAGUGAUUAAAGUUAGUGCUACUGACGCAGAUGAAGGUUUCAAUGGAGAUGUAAAGUAUGAUUUUGGCCACGGAUCUAGUGACGACGUAAAUGCAUUUUCUAUUGAUCCUAAAACUGGAGAAAUUAAAGUUAGUGGUGAAAUUGACUUUCAAGAAACGAGUUUGUUUGAAAUAAGCGUGGAAGCUAAGGACAGUUUAGGUCUAACCUCGUACGCCACAGUUAUAAUAGAUGUUACUGAUAUGAAUGAUAACGCCCCUGUAAUAUACCUAAAAUCCCUGACUAACCCCAUACCUGAGAACGUGUCACCUGGUGCAGAGGUGGGCAUAAUUAACGUGCAGGAUAGAGACUCUGAGACUAACGGACAGGUCCGCUGCUCCAUUCAACAAAACGUCCCUUUUGAGUUGGUUCCUUCUAUUAAAAACUAUUAUUCUCUGGUGACCACAGGACAACUGGACCGUGAACUAGUGUCUGAUUACAACAUUACAAUCACUGCCACUGACGAGGGCUCUCCCCCUCUGUCUUCCUCUAAAACUGUUCAGCUAUCUGUAGCAGACAUCAACGACAACCCACCUGUGUUUGAGGAGCAGUCCUACAGCGCAUAUGUGACUGAAAACAACAAACCUGGCUCCACUUUAUGUUCCGUUAUUGCUCGAGACCCCGACUGGAGACAAAACGGUACCGUGAUUUACUCUCUGUUACCCGGUGAGGUGAACGGUGCCCCGGUGUCCUCCUAUCUGUCUGUUAACGGAGACACGGGGGUGAUCCACGCUGUGAGGUCGUUUGAUUAUGAACAGUUCAGGAGUUUUAAAGUCCACGUGAUGGCCAGAGACAACGGUUCUCCUCCGCUCAGCAGCAACGUGACCGUCAGUGUGUUCAUAUCGGAUGUGAAUGACAACUCUCCUCAGAUACUGUACCCCGCCCCGGAGGGCAACUCCUUCAUGACCGAGCUGGUCCCCAAAGCUGCACACGGAGGCUCUCUGGUGUCCAAAGUGAUCGCGGUGGACGCGGACUCCGGACAGAACGCAUGGCUGUCCUAUCAUAUAGUCAAAUCCACUGAUCCGGGACUUUUCACUAUUGGUCUCCACAGCGGAGAGAUCAGGACACAGCGGGACAUUUCUGAGUCUGACAGCAUGAAACAGAACCUUGUUGUGUCAGUGAAAGAUAACGGACAGCCCUCUCUCUCUGCCACCUGCUCCAUGUAUUUACUUAUCUCUGAUAACUUGGCUGAGGUGCCAGAACUGAAGGACAUUUCUUACGAUGAGAAGAACUCCAAACUGACCUCUUAUCUGAUCAUCGCGCUGGUGUCAGUGUCCACCUUUUUCCUCACCUUCAUCAUCAUCAUCAUCCUGGGUGUGAGGUUUUGUCGCAGGAGAAAGCCCAGACUGUUGUUUGAUGGAGCAGUCGCCAUCCCCAGCGCUUAUCUCCCUCCUAAUUACAUAGAUGUUGACGGAACAGGAACUUUACGCAGCUCUUACAAUUAUGACGCCUACCUGACAACAGGUUCCAGAACCAGUGACUUUAAGUUCGUGUCAUCAUACAAUGACAACACACUGCCUGCUGACCAGACUCUGAGGAAAAGCCCUUCAGACUUUGCUGAAGUGUUUGGAGACUGUGAUUCUUCUCCUGAGGUAGGAACCUUCCUGUGUCUUUGUCAUAUUGAUGUAUAUUUGGACGUAAUUUUAAUUAUAAUCUGGAUAAUACGCUGGACAUUAACACGACGCGACAACUGGUUUUGUGUCAGGAUGGGAGACAAAGGAUGUUCUGCACUGCGGUCGAUCUUCUGCUUUGCUUCCUUUAUUGUAGCGCUGCACUUCGUUAACGGAGACCUGAGCUAUUCUAUUCCAGAAGAGAUGAAACGCCAGUCUGUUAUUGGAAAUAUAGCUAAAGAUCUCGGUCUUGAUCUGAGGACCUUAUCUUCCCGAAAGGCCCGUGUUGAUUCUGAGGGGACUCGUAUACGGAACUGCGAUAUUAAUCUGAGUACUGGAGAUUUGGUCACAUCGGAGAGAAUGGACCGAGAAAGCCUUUGUGGCAAGAAACCCUCGUGUGUUGUGAAAGUAGAUCUGGUGUUAGAAAACCCCCUGGAGCUUCAUCGUGUUAGUAUCCAUAUUCAAGAUGUAAACGACAACUCGCCGAAAUUCAAAAAACACUCGAUUGAAAUGGAGAUAGGCGAGUCAGCUGAUAAGGGUUACCGCUUCUCUAUCGAGAAAGCCCAUGACGCAGAUAUAGGUCAAAAUGCUGUUCAGAGAUACAGUUUACAAAAAAAUGAAAACUUUAUUCUCGCUGUUGACAGUAACAAGGUUGAACUCGUACUAGAGAAUACACUUGAUCGUGAAAAACAACAAGAGAUCAAUUUGCUCCUCACAGCUUUAGAUGGAGGCUCUCCUCAGAGAUCAGGGACUGUAGUCAUACACGUCACUGUGCUGGAUGCUAAUGAUAACGCCCCAGUGUUUAGCCAGGCCGUCUAUAAAGCCAGUCUGGCUGAAAACUCUCCUCCAGAUACCAUAGUGAUUAAUGUUAGUGCUACUGACGCAGAUGAAGGAGUGAAUGGAGAUGUGACAUAUGAAUUAGGUCAUGUGUCUGACGAUGAUGUAAAUGCAUUUUCUAUUGAUUCUAAAACCGGAGAAAUCAGAGUAACUGGUGCGAUUGACUUUGAAGAUAUUAGUACUUUUGAAAUGAGCGUGGAGGCUAAGGACAGUUUAGGGUUAUCUUCUUACGCUAAAGUUAUAAUAGACGUUACUGAUAUGAAUGAUAAUGCUCCUGUAAUAUACCUGAAAUCCCUGACUAACCCCAUACCUGAGAACGUGUCACCUGGUGCAGAGGUGGGCAUCAUUAACGUGCAGGAUAGAGACUCUGAGACUAACGGACGGGUCCGCUGCUCCAUUCAACAAAACGUCCCUUUUAAGUUGGUUCCUUCUAUUAAAAACUAUUAUUCUCUGGUGUCCACAGGACAACUGGACCGUGAACUAGUGUCUGAUUACAACAUUACAAUCACUGCCACUGACGAGGGCUCUCCCCCUCUGUCCUCCUCUAAAACUGUUCAGUUAUCUGUAGCAGACAUCAACGACAACCCACCUGUGUUUGAGGAGCAGUCCUACAGCGCAUAUGUGACUGAAAACAACAAACCUGGCUCCACUUUAUGUUCCGUUACUGCUCGAGACCCCGACUGGAGACAAAACGGGACCGUGAUUUACUCUCUGUUACCCGGUGAGGUGAACGGUGCCCCGGUGUCCUCCUAUCUGUCUGUUAACGGAGACACGGGGGUGAUCCACGCUGUGAGGACGUUUGAUUAUGAACAGUUCAGGAGUUUUAAAGUGCACGUGAUGGCCAGAGACAACGGUUCUCCUCCGCUCAGCAGCAACGUGACCGUCAGUGUGUUCAUAUCGGAUGUGAAUGACAACUCUCCUCAGAUACUGUACCCCGCCCCGGAGGGCAACUCCUUCAUGACCGAGCUGGUCCCCAAAGCUGCACACGGAGGCUCUCUGGUGUCCAAAGUGAUCGCGGUGGACGCGGACUCCGGACAGAACGCCUGGCUGUCCUAUCAUAUAGUCAAAUCCACUGAUCCGGGACUUUUCACUAUUGGUCUCCACAGCGGAGAGAUCAGGACACAGCGGGACAUUUCUGAGUCUGACAGCAUGAAACAGAACCUUGUUGUGUCAGUGAAAGAUAACGGACAGCCCUCUCUCUCUGCCACCUGCUCCAUAUAUUUACUUAUCUCUGAUAACUUGGCUGAGGUGCCAGAGCUGAAGGAUAUUUCUUACGAUGAGAAGAACUCCAAACUGACCUCUUAUCUGAUCAUCGCGCUGGUGUCAGUGUCCACCUUUUUCCUCACCUUCAUCAUCAUCAUCCUGGGUGUGAGGUUUUGUCGCAGGAGAAAGCCCAGACUGUUGUUUGAUGGAGCAGUCGCCAUCCCCAGCGCUUAUCUCCCUCCUAAUUACGCAGAUGUUGACGGAACAGGAACUUUACGCAGCGCUUACAAUUAUGACGCCUACCUGACAACAGGUUCCAGAACCAGUGACUUUAAGUUCGUGUCAUCUUACAAUGACAACACACUGCCUGCUGACCAGACUCUGAGGAAAAGCCCUUCAGACUUUGCUGAAGUGUUUGGAGACUGUGAUUCUUCUCCUGAGGUAGGAACCUUCCUGUGUCUUUGUCAUAUUGAUGAUCUGCAGUUAAAGUGA